AUUAAAAGAAGUCCGGCGCGUCGGCCAGGGCAGUUUGCUCGCAGACCAAUUUGCGAGAGCGUCGAUCGCGCCAUGACUUCAUUGUGAAUUCCUUUGUCUCUCGCUCUAGACACACCUGAUUAAUAUUCAGCGCGGACUGUCGCAAAAUUUAAGUUUCGAUCUCUCCCCCUGUUUUUUUUACGCAAACGAUCCAUCAUGCCAAAGACCAAUGUGUUUGCAGGUGUCAAUCUGCAGGAGUUUUCCGCCGGCUGCACCAACAGAAUGAAAAAUGUUCAAGCGCGCCAUGUAUUGUGUCUGCUGCUCUUCUUCGGCUACUUCAUGGCUUUCAUGCUACGAAUUAACCUUAACGUGGCCAUCGUCGUAAUGGUGAAGCCUUCGAACGCGACCUCCGGGGACCAAAGCCACUCUUCCUCGUCUGUUUGCGGGCCUCCGCCUCUUCCACAGACGCCGGCACCGCCAACAACUUUAGCACCCUUUAUCACUGAAACUACUUCUCCAGCGCCUACAAUUGAAUCUGCCACAAAUGAAACGGAUGAAGGGAAUGUAUCGUCUCCUGGCGCGCUCACCGCAGAGGAGGAGAUGGGCGAGUUCGAAUGGGACGAGUUGACUCAGGGCCUCAUCCUGGGCGCCUUUUUCUGGGGCUACCUGAUCUCGCAAGUGCCCGGCGGUCGCAUCGCGGAGGUCUACGGACCGAAAAUCGUGUUUGGCGUUUCCAUGAUCACCAACGUUGUGCUCUGCAUCGUUUUGCCGCUGGCGACCAGGCUGCACUGGAGCUGCUUGCUUGUCAUCCGAGCGCUGCAGGGACUCGCCCAGGGCGCUUUGAUCCCCUGUCUGAACGCCGCGGCCGCAACUUGGUGUCCUUUGGAUGAGAGGGACCGCUUCAUUUCGUUUGCAAUCCAAGGCGCCGUAAUCGGCUCUGUCGUGAGUCUGCCGCUGUGCGGCUUCAUCGGCGCCUACCUGGGGUGGGACGCGAUUUUCUACAUCUCCAGCCUGAUCGCUGCGUGUUGGUGUGUCGCUUGGUGGAUGUACGCCGCAGACACCCCUGCGUCGCACCCCACUAUUACCCAGGAGGAGCUUGAGUUCCUCAGGCAAAAUAUUCCACAAAAGCCAAAAGAGUCAUUACAAGUGCCCUGGCUGAAAGCUUUGACUUCCGUGCAGUUCUUGGUUGGGUGCAUCGCCAAUAUAGGAAAUGACUACGGUUUCCACACUCUACUCACUUACGCGCCCAAGUACAUGAAAAGCGCCCUGGGAUUUGACCUCCAGAGGAACACGUUGCUGGCGAGCGUGCCCUUUUUGUCCCAGUACAUUUUUGCCAUGAUCUAUGGUACCAUCAUGGACAAACUGCUGAAGCGGGGCUAUCAACUGAUGGUCGUCCGAAAACUGUCCGUUGGCGUCUCACAUCUGCUACCGGCCAUUGGUCUGCUUUGUCUUGCCUUUUCGGGCUGCUACGUCCCACUGUCGGUCGGCAUCUUAUCCUUCUCCGUCGCCAUGGUCGGCGCUUUUUCUUGCGGAUUCUUCCAAAAUCCCCUUGACAUUGCUCCAAACUUUGCAGGAAGUCUCACUGGAGUGAUGAACAUGCUCGGCUCAAUGACAGGAGUGAUCGCCUCCCCGGUAGCAGGACUUGCGCUUCAAAAUUAUGGUCCACUGGGAGGUUGGCAAGCGAUUUUCCUGAUUUCGGCCGCGAUUUACGCGCUCAGUGCAUUGCCCUAUCUGCUCGUGGCGACGGGACAGGUGCAGCCGUGGAACGACGAGACCAAAAAAGACGACACAUCCACCAAUGGCGAAAUUGUGCCCAUGAAUGACGUCAGCCACAUCGCCUGAUAAACUGAAUUAUUAUACCUCUGCUCUCAUACUGCACUCAAUAUAUACAUGUAAUGUUACGCAGGAUAAAUGUUUAGAUUUAUAUUUAUGCGAGUGGUAUUGCCGAGUAAAAACUAAUUUCGCUUCUAUUUAUCGUGAGCAAGUUUGACACCCACACUUUAGCUUUUGUAAUAGAUUUUUGAAUUUAUGUGUUCAUUAAAUUUUGAAAUUUUUUUUAAAACAAA